GAAAUAAAUAAUGAAUUAUAAAUAAAAUCGUUCAACUUUAAACUUUAGAAACAUUACAUUCCUUUUCUGCAAUUCGAAUAAUAAAUAAUCAAUUUAAAGAAUUUCCAAAAUGGCAAAAAGAUCUUAUUAUUUGGCGACUGGAUUCAAAGAAGAUUGUGUUAAAUUACUGAAUUUAUUCGAUCAAAGAAAUAGCAUCAGAUUCGAAUCUUUUUGCAACGUCUGGAAAGAAAUGCAGUUUUCUCUCAUUUUUGCAGGCAGGCAAACUUAUUCGGAACUGCACGAAUUUUGCGAGGAAGUUUUGCACAUCGGAAAACAAUUUAUUCUUCCUCCCUAUACUUUCAAAGAAAGAAUCGGCGGGCUUUAUCUUUUGUACGGUCUCUACUAUAAAAUGCCAAUUAAAGACACUGUCAAAAUUAGACUUACACAAGAUCAAUGGACCAUUCUCAUGGAAUUGCACGAGCAAUUAAAGGAAGGCGAACAUCUCGACGCAAAUUUUAUUCUCUGCACUUUAAUCCACGACGAGGCUUUCCUUCAUACAAUUUUCGAGAGUGAGUGGGGUCUCGAAAAAUAUUACAGACAGAAGCAACUUCCCUCGAAUGCUUUUACAGUGAUGCCCGCCCUUUUAGAAUUGACACAAGAAGGUCAUCCCUUGGCAGAAGUUAGCGAUCUUGCAAAAAAGUACCGCCAAGUGACAACCUCUGUCUCCUCUGCGUCUGGCGAUACAAAAUCUGCCGCAAGUUUGAAGCUUUUUGACGAAAAUUUCGUUCAGGAAAUUUUAAAGGAUAUGCGAAGAUUGGAGAAUAAUAAAAUCUCUCUGAUCUCAAAUUAUUCGAGCGAGGGUGAAGGAUCAAGGUCUGACGGGAAAAAAGGAAAUUCAGGACGAAAAGAAUACAACAAAGUUCGUCCAAGGAUCGGCGACGGAUUCGACAUGGACACCUCCGACGAGGAAGAAGAAGUCUUCGAACCCCUCGAGAAUUACGACCCCAAUCUUGCCUCGACUUUCGACGACGAGGUGGAAAUGGAAGAAGUUGAACCAAAAAGGCAAAAAACCGUUCAAGUUUUGCUCCCCACAAGUACAAAAAUCAAAGAGGACCUCUCUUCCGAUCAAGAAUAACAGAAGAGAGAAAGAUUUUCUAUAAAGAUGCUCAGGCGGACUUGACAAGAGUCAAAAUUCUUCCGGCCGGCGAACCUUCUGAAUUUUAGUAAACCUUGAGCUGGUUGUUGUCGUCGAAACCGGCGCUGUGACCGGCGUUUCUCACGAUGAAACUCGUGCCGUCGUA